AUGCUUGAAGCCGAAGGUAGUUCUUCUCUUGAUUCAGCAGCAGGUGAUUCUUCGCCUGCUGUUGCGAUUCAGCAACAGGCGGUGCCUGUUGUGAAUAGUCCACGUGGUGCGUCACCAAGUGCGACAGAUACAUCCACUGCAUGUGCAGCGGGUGCUGCGAAUCGCAAUCCGGAUGAGUCUGAAAUAGAGCUCAUCAAUUCCAUCGAGUCGGAUGAUGCAUCCGACUCGAAGAAGACAACUCGUGACUCAGGAACAACCGGGGAGGACACUGCAAGAGGCAGGUUGACUGGCUCUGGGGAACGUGGCGGCAUCGUGUCCAAGAUCUUUGAGCCGAGCGAUUCUUCUGACGAAUCCUCGUCUCACGCAAGUCCACCCGAGACGCGUGGUGAUGGUAAGAAUGUCCCAUACAAUCACCACGAGAGAAGCAACUCCAGGUAUCGGGGUGUCACUGGUGUCAGCGAUCACGCUGGCAUUACUCAAGAGGCCAGGGCCGAAAUCCCCUGCACCACGCUCCUCAAGUGGAGUCUCCUUGGAUGCCGUCAUCCAAGGAGUUGGACCGGUUGGCCGGCAUGA